GGGGCUCGUAGACGGGCUGUCUAGUUAGCUAGCUUACAUGAUGAGAAGCAACAUUAUCUAUUUGACCUGGUAGAUAUUUGCAGUCAUCGUGAAAUUGUUUCUGGACGUUUAUUAUACAUAUCGGCUGUGCCUAUAAUAUCUUUUUUUAGUUUAUUAGUAGCCAUUUCGAAUUGGUGUCAGUAUCAAGAGGUAUCAAACGUUUGCAACCUUCGCAUCUGUGGCAGAAAUGUGUGUUAGUAAAAAGUACGUGAAUUAGAAAAAGUACGACAGGAAACACGUCUACUUAGUCUUUGUGAAAUGUGUUUUGGUUAAUUAAUCGGUGCAACAUCUCGGGUAGUUUUAUCUUCGUCGUGUCGCUAUGGUGCCCUCAUUGGUGAAUCUUUGUGCCAAGGAGGUAGUGAGGGAUCACAGUUCUUCUGCGUCUUGGCUCAACUGUGUGCCCAGGGAAUUGUAUGGACCGUUACUGGAUGCUGCAUUCACUAACUGCCGCCCGCUCGCAGUCGGUGAACUGGUACAGCGAUGGCCCGAACGAACUCUACGAGUCGGUGGGCGGAAGAAGGCAGGACAGAGUCCCCCAAAUCGGCUUUGCGUCCAAGCUCUGCUGCUCGCGGUUGUUCGGGGACUUUCAGACAAGAGGUGUGAUCUGCAGGCCCUGGACCUCUGUGGGCUGCAGUGUGAGGAAGGGGGAGUGGGAGACCCCAUGGGUGGUUGGUCCCUCACGGUGGCUCUCUGCACCAUGGCAGUGCAAGCCAGGGCUGGGGCUCAGAGAGCUCACCGGAAAGAGGGGGAACGGGAGCGAAAAAGAGUCCUGACUAUGGAGAGGGAGAAGGAUGUGGUGAAACGAGAAAGGGGCUGGGGAAAGCGGGUUGGAGAGGAGAAGGAAGAGGAACCAGGUGAGGAAGGUGGGCCGGGGGAAUGGGUGAGAAACGUGCAGGAGGGGUCGGACACAGGAACGAGUCAAAGGGAGGAGGAGCGGACGACGGGGGUGAGGAGGAGGAUGGAGAUGGAGAGGAAACGGAUGACGGGCGGCAAAGCUGUGGAGACUGAAGACUCGGAGCCAGACUGUGAGGUGUUGGUGAGAGUCCGUGCCGACCUCUUCAUCAACGCCCGUUCCUGGGAGCGUGUGCGCAUGGCGCUGGGCACGGCCGGACCCCUCAAGCUGCAGUGCCGCUACCUCCGCGUGGAGGAGCUCUCCGUGUCCAGCAUCGGCACCCUGCUAGACCUGCUGCCCAGCCAGGGUGUCCUGGGUGUGGACAUCCGCUACAGCUGCCUGGGUGUGGCAGGCCUGGCCCUGCUGCUGCCUCAGCUCUCCACCUUCUCCUUGCUCACCUCCCUCCGCCUGCAUUACUGCAACCUGGAUGUACGUAGGGACUUAGCCGGCCAGGAGGGUGCGCUGAGAGACAUGUCUGACGGUCUGGGGCAGCUGGGGCAACUUCGCCGCCUCAGCCUCACCGCCCUACGGCUGCCUGGACACCUACGCAUGCUUCUAAGCUCUCUCUCCCACCCUCUGGAAGUGUUGGAGCUGCCCUACUUGAGCCUGACCCCGGCCGACCUCUCCUAUCUGUCCUGCAGCCCUCACGCUGCCACGCUGCAGCAGCUGGACCUCAGCGAGAACCGUCUGGACGAGAGCACUCUUCCCUCGCUGCGCCGCCUCCUCUCCCAGGCCUCCGGGGGCCUGCUGCACCUCUGCCUGAGCGGCUGCGGCCUCAACGACGGCCUGCUGGGGGCGCUGCUGCCCUCCAUGGGCUGCUGCAGGGCCCUUCGGAGCCUGGGGCUGGCCUUGAACCCGCUGUCCCUGAUGGGGCUGCUGGAGCUGGUGAGGACGGCCAUCCGGUUGCCCUCCCUUAAGCAGCUCCUCUACCCCAACCCCCUGGAGGACUACCAGCCAGGGCUUCCUGCCCUGCCAUCCAGUGCCCAGCUGCUGGACUGGCCCCUGGAGGAGAUGAUGGAGGUGCACGAGGCCACCAGCCUGCGGCUUGAGAACAUGCUGACGGAGAGCGGGCGCUCAGACCUCUUGCUCACCUGCGACCUGCUGAACUAUGACAAAGACUUGGUGGAUUAGGGGGACGUCAUGGGAGGAUCUAACCGGUUAUAACCGCCUUCCCUCCUGUUGCAGCGCAAGGGCCUCACUAUAUAUUAUUCAACCCAAAUACUCUUUCAGUAUGUCCGUUUCCUCUAUUUAGCUAUUUGAGCAAGAUGGUUUAGCUCAGAUUGGAGUGAAUCUCAAUCUCAUUUGGUUGGUAUUCAAUCCUUGUGAUUUAAGCCUACUGUUGAAAAGAUAAUUUGACUGGACCAGAACAAUCAGCAAUAACAGAAAAAAAACCAAGUCUCAAGCGGUGCAUAAUACCAACCAACCAACUUACUUGUUUACUUUGAGAAUAAUUGCAGCAAUAGCGUAUAAGGAACCGGUUGGUUCCAGAUGCAAGGAGCAAGUUAUUGGAUAUUCUCUAUGAAUACACAUAGGGGAAACAUAGUUGGGAUGGAGACAGCAUCAGGCCUCCGAUGGGUUAGGGUUACACUUUCUACACCCCUACGUGCUUUUGCGCCCAUCACCAGCACUCAUCUACCCGUGGCACCAGUCCAAAUAAAUGUCAGGAGGAACACCUCGCAAACCCGGUUACUCUGCAUGUGUCAAACUGUUCAAACAUGUGACCUGCCAUUAGGGACGAGUUCUAACUCUGUUAGUGACAGCAGCUGGUUUUGCUAGUGCGCUUGAGGGAUGUUUCAUAGGUAAAAUGAUCUUUCAGAUGGAAAAAUCUGGAACAAAUGUUAAAUAGAGCACUUAACCAGUUGGUGGAAGGGGCAAGAGUAGAUUUGUUGCAGUGAAUGUACUGAUAUGAUUUAUGUUUGAGGUAGGCCUAUUUAAUGACUUUUUACUUGUGCGUCAUAAGUUUCCUUAGUUAUUCCAACUGCAUUUUCAUUAAAUUGUCUUUAAAACAUUUUUAAUUAUUAGUAACAUUAUCUUUUCCAGGCUGCAAUAUAUGUGGCUGCUGUAUGUCCAAAUUGUACAAAGCACAAAACAUUUUUACUAAGUAUAAUUAAUGUUUAACUAAUUAACUCGUUUUUUGUUUUUCCAUUCAAUAAAAAGGUCUGUACAAGGUCAGUUUUAAUUUGCA